AUGCCUGAAAUCCGCAAGAAUGCAUAUGCCAACAUAAUCAAGCCCCCAAACCAACUCUACUCCAAAUCCCAGUCACUAACAGCACAAUCCCAGGCAAUAGUCAUAGGAAGUGGUCCGGCCGGCCUAGCCGCCGCACUGCGUCUACAAAAGCACAACAAGAUAAGCUGCACAAUCUACGAGCUGCGCCCCGAACCAACAACCCUCGGCGGCGCAAUCGCAAUCUUCUCCAACGGCCUCCGGCUCUUCAACCGACUGGGUAUCUAUGAUGACCUCAUGCGGUGUGGAUAUGCAGGCUCCAUGUUUACGCUUCAUUCUUUGCGUGGCGGUGUGGUGGGCACGCAGGAUUUUGUUGGAUGGGCGAGAGAGAAGACCGGAUUUGGGUAUUUGAGGAUUCGACGAAAUGAUCUUGUGGGUGUUUUGUUGGAGGCUGUGAAGCGGGAGGGGAUUGAAAUAAAGUUUGGGAUGAAGAUGAAGGGGAUUGAAGAGCUGGACGGUGAUGUUGAUGUUGAGGGGAAUGGGGGCGGUGGUGUUAGGGUUUUGUUCGAAGAUGGGUCCAGCGAUACUGCCGACUUGCUGCUUGGAUGUGAUGGAAUUCACUCGCAGGUUCGGAGGGAAGUUGUUGAUCCACUGCAGGAGCCUGAGUAUUCUGGGAUUGCGGGUUCCUUUUCGCUCAUUCCGGCUGCUGAGUUGCCAGCUGGGUCUGCUGACUCUAUGGCUGGGCUGCAUGCUAUGUUAACCGAGGAGGGGAUAUUUCUGAUUAACCCUUGUACGCCUAACAAGGAUGUUGUCAUGUGGAGCUUUUCUCGAGAGGUUGCUCUGCCGACUUCUGGGGAUAUCCGUGAUGGAUGGGAGGAACAUCGCAAGGCUGAGGUUGAAGGGUUCAAGGAUAAUCUUUUGAAGAUUCUGGAGGGUUCUCAUGGGGAGUGGAGUGAGACUGUCAAGAACCUUGUGAGAAAGACUACUGUCAUCAAGUUCCAUCCCAUCUACCGGCUACCUCUUGGUGGUCAGUGGUAUAAAGGCCGGUGCCUUCUGCUUGGUGAUGCCGGCCAUGCCAUGUCCCCUCAUGCUGGACAAGGCGUCUCUAUGGCGCUCGAAGAUGUUUUCCUCCUUUCGCGACUGCUGGAGGACUCGAAUCGCUCACUGCCUGAUGUUUUUGCCAAGUUCGACUACAUUCGUCGACCUCGCGUGAAUGAAGUUUAUUCCCACUCUGCGAAGAAUGCCAACUCAAGGAAGAAAACCGGCCCAUGGGGGCUGUGGAUGAAGGAGACGGCAUGGGGAGUAUACUCAGGUCUCUCCUGGGCAUUUGGAUUGGAUAAAAAAGGAGCCGGACAGAAGCAUUUGGCGUAUGACAUUGAUGAGGCAGAGCUGUGA